GGAAGAUUAUAGCGGAGACUGCUGAAGGAAUGAGCCAGGAAGUUGUCUUUAUGUUGUAGACAAAGAGAACUCUUCACAAUGAAGCUGGAGAUUCUCUGCAGCUCGCUGCUGCUGUUGAUCUCCAUCCCAAGUCACUGUCAAGGAAGCAACAUCUUGGUCCUGCCAGUUGAUGGCAGCCACUGGAUUAACAUGGACGUCAUACUUCAAGCUCUGCACUCCAGAGGACAUGACAUCACAGUUUUGCGUAGCAGCAAGUCCUGGUACAUCAAGGAAAACUCCACGUACUACAAAACCAUAACAGCGCAGGUGGAGAAGGCAUUGGAUGAAACGUUUAUCACAAAACUCAUCUCCGACUUGAUUCAUUUCGACCGAGGGGCUCUUCCUUGGCAGAGCUUCUUUCAUGUGACUGUGGGAACGUUUGACAAGUUCAUUGAGGCACACGUUGCGGUUGCAGAGCUAAUCUCAGUCGUCCUGGAUGAUCAGGAGAUGGUCCAAGUAAUGAGAGACAGCAACUUUGACGUCUUGCUCACUGACCCCUGCUGGGGGGGAGGACCGGUUUUAGCGAAAUACUUCAACCUCCCCGUGGUUUAUGAUGUCCGAUGGCUAAUCAUAGGAGAGAGUCACCUAUUUUUGGCGCCGUCCCCUGUUUCAUACAUUCCAAUGACUGGUUCAGGUCUGACUGACAAGAUGACCUUCCUCCAAAGAGUCCAAAACAUGUUCAUUUACAUUGUAACAAAUGUCCAACAACGUCUCCUGAUUCACAAAGUUUACCAGAAGCUGUGCGACAAGCAUCUUGGGCCGGGCCACGAUUACUACCAGCUCAUGAUGAGCGCAGAUAUCUGGCUGAUGAGGGCGGAUUUCGUGUUCGAGUAUCCUCGUCCAACGAUGCCUAAUGCUGUCUACAUGGGAGGCUUCCAGUGCAAACCCGCUCGGCCUCUGCCCCAACAUUUAGAGGAGUUUGUCCAGAGCUCUGGAGAACAUGGCGUCAUCCUCAUGUCUCUGGGAACUUUUGUGAAGGAACUUCCAGAGGACGUGACGGAGGAGAUCGCUGCAAGUUUCGCCAAGCUACCUCAGAAGGUCAUCUGGAGGUUUUCAGGGAAAAAACCUGCAACUCUGGGCAACAACACGAUGACAGUGGAGUGGAUGCCUCAGAACGACCUUCUGGGACAUCCCAAGGUUAAACUGUUUGUUGCACAUGGAGGAACCAAUGGGGUGCAGGAGGCCAUAUAUCAUGGCGUACCAGUGGUGGGCUUACCUUUGUUUUUCGAUCAAUACGACAACCUGCUGCGGCUGGCUGACAGAGGAGGCGCCAAAAUCCUCAGCAUUAGAACUGUGGAUAAGGACGACAACUUUGUCAACGCUGUUGAGGAAGUCCUGACUGAUCCGUCCUACAGAAGCAACAUGCAGAGACUCUCAAGGCUGCACCGAGAUCAGCCCAUGAAGCCUUUGGACACCGCCGUGUUCUGGAUCGAGUUUGUCAUCAGACACAAAGGAGCAGCUCACCUGAGAUCAGAGUCCAUCAAUCUACCGUGGUACACCUACCACAGUGUGGACGUGCUGCUCUUCAUGGCUGCUGCUGCACUGCUGCUGCUCUCACUUCUUCUCUUCACUCUCAAGUUCUUGUUCACCAGGAUCUGUCGACGUAAAGUCAAACGAGAAUAACAA